UAAGGCAAACGGACUGACAUUUAAAUACUAUCCUAAAGGAAAACUUUGACUUCAUUGCGCGAUGAUUUGGCUGUAGAGUUGCGCUGCGCGGAAAGUACGCGUUUUAGUGCAUUCGAGGCUUGUGACUCUUUCCGUAACAAAUCGCUUCUCUAUUCCUGAAUUCGCCGUCUGUCGUUUCUUGAGAGUUGAACACAUAAUUAUGCGGGAAACAGCUCCAUGGAAUACAGCUUGUAAUUUGUCAGCCAAGUAAUAACAUCCAAAUCUAAUAUGUUUAGUCUUUCUGAAGUUGCCUCACUUAAUGAUGUCCUGCCAACAUAUCGAAUCCUGAAGCCAUGGUGGGAUGUCUUUAUGGACUAUCUUGGGAUAGUCAUGUUGAUGUUAGCCAUCUUUGCUGGGACAAUGCAAUUAACCAAAGACCAAGUGGCAUGCCUUCCCAUUCUAGAGGAAAAGCAAGAGAUCCUGAGAGCAAGCCACUAUACAACAGAGAACCCACAGGAGACUUCCACAUCUUCACUGGGUUCUGAAACUUCAUCCACUCAUGAUCUUUCCGACAACAUUAUGCAUGACAUGUAUCUCAGUCAACAUAUUCCCAUUAGGAGCAAAAUGGUCAGUUCCAUACCUCAACCCAGAGGACGCCCAACAAACCUAGACUAUCAGCAGUACAUUUUUGUCAACCAAAUGUGUUACCAUGUUGCCUUGCCAUGGUACUCCAAGUAUUUUCCUUAUCUUGUUCUGAUACACACUAUAUUGUUGAUGGUCAGCAGCAAUUUUUGGUUCAAAUACCCCAAAACAAGCUCAAAGAUUGAACACUUUGUGUCAAUCCUGGGCAGAUGUUUUGAGUCACCCUGGACCACAAAAGCACUGUCUGAAACAGCAUGUGAAGACUCUGAAGAAAGCAAGCAAAGAAUCAUGGCUGGCCAGAUGGCUUCUAAACAAAUAUCCACAGACAGUCGAGAAGACAGUGCUGGUUCAUCCACACCUAUAUUAGAGAGCAAUAAGGUAAACUUUUCUGCUGAGAGGUUCUCUGCUGUUCCUGAAGGUCCAAGCAUGACCAUUUUGGACAAAAAAGAUGGAGAGCAGGCCAAGGCUCUUUUUGAAAAGGUGCGGACAUUUCGAGCUCAUGUGGAAGACAGUGACUUUAUUUACAACCUCUAUGUGGCACAAACAUUCAUCAAAGCACUAAAGUUAAUUUUAAUCCUGAGCUACACGUCUACUUUUGCAGCAGCCAUCAAAUUCUCCCAUAUAUGUGAACCUAAAAUUGAGCACCUAACUGGUUAUGGUAGGUUCUUCUGCACUCACAACAUGGCUUUCAUGUUGAGGAAACUCCUUUUCACAUUCAUGGCCAUAAUUGGCCUUUAUGGCCUUGUGUGCCUUUAUGCUCUCUUCUGGCUCUUCCGUCGCCCACUGAAGGAGUAUUCUUUUGAAAAAGUCAGAGAAGAGAGCAGCUUCAGUGACAUCCCUGAUGUCAAAAAUGACUUCGCUUUUCUUCUGCAUAUGGUAGAUCAGUAUGAUCAGUUGCAUUCAAAGCGUUUUGCUGUUUUUCUGUCUGAGGUCAGCGAGAACAAACUGCGAGAAAUUAGCCUUAAUCAUGAAUGGACGUUUGAGAAACUUAGGCAACACGUAAGCUGCAAUGCCCAAGAAAAGCAGGAGCUACACCUGUUUAUGCUCUCAGGACUACCUAAUUCUGUGUUUGACCUCACAGAGCUUGAAGUUCUUAAAUUGGAACUUAUUCCCGAAGUCAGAAUUUCAGCCAAGGUCUCACAAAUGAUGAAUUUAAAGGAACUACACCUGUAUCACUGUCCCGCAAAAGUUGAACAAACAGCUUUUACUUUCUUUAGAGACCAUUUGCACUGCCUUCAUGUGAAGUUUACAGAUGUUGCAGAAAUUCCUGCAUGGGUUUAUCUGUUGAGGAACCUUAGGGAAUUGUAUCUGGUUGGUAACCUAAACUCAGAACACAACAAAAUGAUUGGUUUAGAAUCCCUAAAGGACUUAAGACACCUGAAGAAAUUAUAUCUCAAGAGCAAUCUGAACAAGAUGCCCACAAAUCUCACAGACCUCUCACCACAUCUUGUCAAAUUAGUGGUACACAAUGAUGGAACUAAACUGUUGGUACUGAACACACUUAAGAAGAUGACAAGUUUAACUGAACUGGAGCUCCAUAAUUGUGAGCUAGAGAGAAUUCCCCAUGCUGUUUUCAGCUUGACUAACCUACAAGAGCUGGAUUUGAAGUCCAACAGCAUUUGUACCAUCGAAGAGGUCAUCAGCUUUCAGUACCUGAAGAGACUGACAUCCCUCAAACUGUGGCAUAACAAAAUCACUGCUAUUUCACCAACUAUAAGUUAUGUGAAGAAUCUUGAGUCAGUGUACCUUUCCUACAACAAACUGGACAGCCUUUGUGUAUCUUUGUUUCAUCUUCCAAAGCUGAGGUACCUGGAUCUCAGUCACAAUUCCAUAUCUUUGAUUCCAGAUGAGGUAGGACUUCUCCAAAACCUGCAACACUUUGCUAUCACUGGAAAUAAGCUUAGGUCUCUUCCUGAACAGCUGUUUGAAUGCACCAAACUAAAAGUCCUCUGUGUGGGGCACAACAGCAUUGCAAUCCUCCCAGACUCUAUUGGAGAGUUGCUACAGCUCUCUCAGCUAGAGUUAAAAGGAAACUGUUUAGACUACCUUCCAUGCCAACUUAGCCAAUGUCGUCAUCUUAAAAAGAACUUCUUCAUUGUGGAGGAUCAUCUUUUUGACACUCUCCCCCUAGAGGUAAAGGAGAACAUGAGUAGAGAUAUUGUGUAACAAAGAUGUAUAUAAUUUGAACACAAUUUAAAGUGCUUUUAUCACCUAUACUUAAUCCUUUAGCCACAGAGGACAUUCUUAUGAAUGAUAUAACCAAGUAAAGAUGGUAAUGUCCAAGAUAAAUGAAAUCACUUUUGUAUGUAUUGUAACUUGUUUUGCUACAGUUAACCUCUUGUAGAAAGAGUAAGACGCUAAAGGAGUUCAGGAGUUCGGCAAGACUAGAAGGGAUUGUGGUCAACAGAUGAAUGUAUUCUCCAAGAUACAAAGUGAAUUCAUUUUAUACAUUUUUGCCAAAUGUGAUUUUUAAAUGCGAAUGCUUCCCUGAUUACCCAGUGGCAAAAUGGAAAUAUAUAUGUAUAUCUAAGUACUGUAUUGUGAAAUAUGUAUUUUUAAAUUGUAACAUAUUUUAAUGUCUUAAAGUUGUUAUACCAGGUUUGAAAACAAAAGUGUAGGAUAGUGUAGAAUUAUACAUAUUAGAAUUAUUAAUUGAACAGCAGAUCUCAAGGUUGUAUAUCUGCACAAAUAAUGAAUUCAUAACAGUUGAAAUAUAAAGUAAUCCCCCAGAGGGGGGUGGGGGUGGUGAGUCCAUAAUGCAUAUUGAUAAUAAAUUAUAAACAAAAAAUAUUAAUAGAAUUAUAUAGUGAAUUGCAUUGAAUGAUGGUUUGUUUUCAAAUAGUACUCUGUUACCCAGUGUGUGUGUGUGUGUGUGUGAUAAAACGGUUGUCUUUGCUGAGUGACAAAUUAAUAUUUGAAAUGCCUCUUUUGAAUUCUGCCAGGACCACUGGGUGUAUUUAUAUACAUAACAAAAAUGAAUGAUUAAAUAUGUACAAAAGUA